AUGCUGCUCACCACUCGGCACUCUGCUUUCCGGCAAGCACAAUGCUACCUCAGGCUCUCGAGAACCUUCAAUCGACAACAACAGUCCGCUUUUGCCCGCCUACUAAGCUCCCUUGCUGUCCUUGAACAACGCGAGGGGAAACUUCAGAGUGCAUCCCUCAGCGCUGUCACUGCUGCUCAAAAGCUAGGAGGCUCAAUAACAGGCUUUGUUGCCGGGAGUCGUGUUAGAUCAGUGGCCGAGGAGGCUGCAAAGGUCAGGGGGCUAGAGAAGAUCAUCAUGGUCGAGAAUGGCGCAUAUGACAAAGCUCUCCCUGAAAAUUAUGCUCCUCUACUUGCUGAAAACAUAAAGAAAGGAGGUUUUACACAUGUGUUUGCUGGGCAUUCGGCAUUUGGCAAGAAUCUGAUGCCCAGGGUGUCUGCCCUCCUGGACGUACAACAGAUAUCAGAUAUUACCGUUAUUGAGGGCGAAGAUACCUUCGUUCGGCCAAUAUACGCUGGAAAUGCCAUUCUCACUGUUCAAUCAUCAGACAAAAUCAAGAUGAUAACAAUCAGAGGCACGGCUUUUACAGCUGCCGAGGCCGAGGGCGGCUCUGCUGAGAUCACCGAGGGGGUGGAUCCCAAGGUUGAAAUCAAGACUGAGUGGCUUUCGGAAGACUUGGCAAAAUCAGACCGACCUGACCUUGCAACAGCAAGCAAAGUUGUUUCUGGUGGACGAGGUCUAAAGUCAAAAGAAGAAUUUGACAGGAUUAUUCCACCAUUGGCAGACGCUUUGGGGGCAGCCAUCGGCGCAUCAAGAGCAGCGGUCGAUAGCGGCUUUGCGGACAACAGCUUGCAGGUCGGACAGACAGGCAAGAACGUUGCGCCGCAACUCUACCUCUGUGCCGGUAUUUCGGGAGCCAUCCAGCAUCUUGCAGGUAUGAAGGACAGUAAGGUAAUAGCGGCAAUCAAUAAGGACGCCGAUGCUCCAAUAUUUCAUGUGGCUGACGUUGGUCUUGUUGGCAACCUUUUUGAUAAAGUGCCAGAGCUGACUAUAAAAUUGAAGCAGUAG